GGUGCUUCCACCUAACGUUACGCUAUAGUGACAGGCGGUCUUAUGAGCAGACCUCUGACUCUGAAGUCAGAUGAAUUCAUGGUAGGGGCUUUUAAUUAAUUAAUUAAUUAAUUUACUGGAUUCGUAUGAGUCUUUGUAUUUAUAGCAGGCUAAAAUCCAGAAACAAAUGAUCAGGAUAAUGAAAUCGCUCUGGCAGUCAUGAGACCACUAGGAGAGUUGUGAACUUAAAAGGAACUAUGACGGUAAAGGAGGAAGACGAAACGCUGAUGGAGGAACCGCUACAAAACGAGUCUGAACUGAUCUUUUGAUAAAAGAUAAAAAAAAAACAUUUUGCUGAUAAUGAGAUAAACGUAUACAUAACCUCUGAUGCGUCUGAAGACUUUGUCUUUUUAAUUGUGCACCAUGCGUAAAAGAUGGAUACGUCGGAGUGUGCCCGUCCUGAUUUUCACAUUCUUCAUCAUUGUCUUUGUGGAUUUUCAAUUACGCGCCAGCAGCUUUCCCAAAUUGAGCGUUGGUCACCGCCCGCCGCUCAGUGCGCUCUACGGCUCCAUCCAACAGGUUUCCUCCGCGGAAAAAGACGCAAAGAGCUCGGUUUACGACAGGAGCAGCAGCAGCAGCAGCAGCGAAAGAGAAUCCAAACCGAAUGAAAACAACGGAGGGCAGUCGGUGGCUAAGGAUGCCCAUGCCACCCAGUCCAAUCUGAGACUAGAUGAUAUUUACAUAGCUGUAAAAACCACCGGGAGGUUCCACAAGACGCGUCUUGCGCUUCUUUUGGACACUUGGAUCUCAAGGACCAAAGCGCAUACGUUCAUUUUCACAGACAAAGAGGAUGAAGCAAUACGUUCAAAAGGUUAUAACAUGGUGGUAACGGAGUGCCAGUCAGAUCACAGUCAACAGGCUCUAUCCUGCAAGAUGUCUGCCGAGUAUGACGGUUUUAUGGCCUCAGGCAAGAGGUGGUUUUGUCAUGUAGAUGACGAUAACUAUGUGAACGCAGGGGGUCUCUUCUCUUUGCUCUCAACCUUCCCCCAGGAAGGUGACAUCUAUGUGGGCAAGCCGAGUCUGGACAAACCCAUCACUGCUCAUGAACUGCUGGACGGAAAUAAAACGACAAAAGUGCAGUUCUGGUUUGCCACAGGAGGCGCAGGUUUCUGUCUGAGUCGUAGGCUGGCAGAAAAGAUGUCUCCAUGGGCGAGCGGCUCAAACUUUGAACAGACAUCAGCCAAAAUCCGUCUCCCAGACGACUGCACCGUGGGCUUUAUUGUGGAGAAGAUGCUGGGCAUCUCCAUGGUCCACUGUUCGUUAUUCCACUCCCACUUAGAAAACCUGCUUCUGAUAAGUCAAAGAAGCCUCCCACAACAGGUAACACUGAGCUAUGGGAUGUUUGAGAACAAGAUGAACAGCAUUGAAGUAAAGGGAAGCUUUUCUGAGGAGGAGGACCCCUCCAGGUUUAAAACCAUCCACUGUAUUCUGUACCCUUCCACCAGCUGGUGUCCUCCAGUCACUUGAGAGAAAGCCUGUGUCCUACUGGAUAAAAAGACAAAAAAAAAAUCCCCAGGAUAUUAUUCUCUGUGCUGAAAACAACUGAUUUAUUUUCAAAGCACAGUCAUAGAAACAGAAUAGCUCACAUGGAACAAGGGUUGAAGCAAUAUAUCAGUAUGAUGAAACUGUGUUCUCCUGCAACUCUCGGGUUAUGUUUUGGCCUCAUGAAUACAGUGGAUAUUUGGUAUAAAAGUACUGUAAAGGCAUGUACUCCUGUUUUUUUUAUUACUGUUUUUAAAUCAAUCUGCUACAAACAAUAACAAUAACUGUGUCUUCCCAUCUGAAUGACUUUAAAGACUUGAACAGUUAAUAAAGAGAAGAAAUGUGUUUUUUUUUCUAUUUAUUCUGUAAAGAUUCGUACGAUUUCUGGCAGACGUUUUUUUCCCGCCCUUUCAUUUCCAUGGACAUUGUUUUAAUUCAAGUGAGAUGCCUUUUUAUGCAUUUGUUUAAAAGUGAAUUAUGAUUAUACUGUAAAUAAUGUUCAUAAAUCAAUGCAAGUGGUUAUGAAAUAAUUAGAGCUUUUAUGGACUGACCUGA